AUGUAUCUAUCUAUUAUCUAUUUAUCUCUUUCAUAUCUAUCACAGUCUGAUCAUAUGUCUCUUUCUCUAUCUCUCUCUUUGUCUUACAUAUCUAUCUAUCUAUCUACAGUUGGUUCAUAUCUAUCUAUCUAUCUCAUUCAUUUCUACGUAUCUAUAUAUUAUCUGUAUAUAUCUAUCUAUCUCCGUCUAUCUCCGUCUGAUCAUAUCUAUCUAUUUAUCUAUCUAUUUCAAUCUGUCCACAUCAUUCUAUCUAUCUAUCUAUCUAUCUAUCUAUCUAUCUAUCUCUUUACGCAUUUAAUGUCUUUCUUUUCUUCUUCUUUCCAUGCUUUCCAUUUUUUUCUUUCUUUCUUCUAUAAACGCAUUUCUCUUUUCUUUCUUUCUUUCUUUUUUCUUUCUUUCUUUCUUUCUUUCUUUCUUUCUUUCUUUCUUUCUUUCUCAUGCUUUCAGUCUAUUUCUUUAUUGCUUUUCUUUCUUUCUUUCCUUCCUUUCUUUCUUUUCCAUUCUUUCCUUCUUUUCCAUUCUUUCUUUCUUUCUUUCUUUCUUUCUUUCUUUCUUUCUUUCAUUCUUUCUUUCUUUCUUUCAUUCUUUCUUUCUUUCUUCUCCAUGCUUUCAAUCUGUUUCUUUCUUUGCUUUCUUUUCCAUGCUUUCCAUCUAUUUCUUUAUUGCCUUUCUUUCUUUCCUUCCUUUCUUUCUUUCUUUCUUUCUUUCUUUCUUUCUUUCUUUCUUUCUUUUCCAUUCUUUCUUUCUUUCUUUCUUUCUUUUCCAUGCUUUACAUCGAUUCCUUUCUUUCUUUCUUUCUUUCUUUCUUUCUUUCUUUCUCUGGUACAAUGA